CUUUCUGUGCCCUGCUCUAGCUGUCGUUGAAAAUCCAACAAAUAAUAAGUUUCUCCCAAACCAACAUUCCUUGUUGUACAAAGAGGAAGUUUGUUCAGAAUUCUCAUCAGAUGCAGGCAGCUUGAGAAGGAAGUGGUUCCAUCACAAUCCAUUGAGUAUUUCACGGUAACUGACACAAAUUAAAAAGCAGCAAUGCCUCUCGGGUUCUCUCCUCUCUUGCAGCGAACCAGAUUCAGACAAGCAAAGUGAAACAUGGAAUACAACUUAGUUUGUUUGUCGGGAUAUAUUCUUCCACAGAUACUAGAUUAUAUGCAAUCGUACACAAUUGUUCACAAAWMAUAGACAGAAUUGAAUGGGUUUGUUUGUGAUCAUUUUAUUCAGGUUUGUUAUCAUUAUCGCCACUUUGUUCAUUAUURUCCGUAAUUUCUCCCUCUUCAAUGAUCUCGCCUUCAUCUUCACUUGAAUCAUCGUUGGUGGAGCCUCGUCGUGAACUUCCUUGUCUUAGGUCUCUUGACUUUUGAGCAGUGAGUUCAUURUAUAGUACUUGUGCACUGGAGACAUAAUCUUUCCUAUUAAUAAUACGAGAGGUCUCAUCUUGGAUUUCGGAUGAAUACGCUGCCUCUUCUAUCAGGAUUUUUUUGAAAAGGUCAAAGCCAAUCCCCGCUGAUAUCACAAUAUCAGGCUUCCCAGGAGGACGAAGUAAUUGAAGCAAAAAUGAUCGUUCUAGGCGAUAAAUUGAGUCCCAAUUGUCGACAAAUAUUUCAAACAGUUCGCGAGGAGCACUGCGAUCUUGCUCUUCAACCUGUUGAAAGGAAUCAUCUUGCGCUAUGAAUUCUUCGAUUUCUCUCCAACGCGAAUAGGGUAAGAUUUUUCCUUGCACAGCAAGUUCACGGAGUAGUUCACGGUAUUUGUCACGCUGAGCCUUUUCAGCUCGUCGGCGUUCAUCUUGAAUUCUUCGUCGUUUCUCGUCUUCCGCCUUCUUUAACUCAGCAAUAAAAUCAGCAAAAUAGAGCCUCCGGUCCGAGUCAGUGAGUUCAUGAGAUGUURCAAAACGGGAAUCCAAUUUUUCCUCUUCGAAAAGAGUUGGCAAAAAUGAUUCCCAUGUCGAAUUGUACGAAAGAGUACCUUUUCCUUCUUUUUCUUGUAGAAACGAGACAAACGAUUUUUGUAUUUCCCUCCUCUUGUUUCGCUUGUUCCUUUCGUCUCGCUUCUUGAAGUCAUCACAAAAGUCAAAAAAUAAAGACUCACGCGUAGAGUCAUCUUCGAUAGCAAAGAAYCUAUCAUCUUUAGCCAAGGCGUCCUUGAUAUCUGUAAAUCUAGAAGUACGCGCUGAAAAUCCUGGUACUGAUGGCAAAAUAUCUGCAAGCAACUCCCCAAAAGCUUUAUUUGCACGAAUUCGUUCUUGACGUUGUUCGUUUCGCAAUUCGUUAGUUCGUUUCGUUUGAUACUCAGCUAGUGCUUGSCGUCUUUCUCCCAUUGAAAGUAUAUUUUCAAAAGAAUCCCAUCGAGAGUCAGCUUCACAAACCUUCAAAACUUCAUUCCAUUUAAAAGUAGGAGAUAUCCCUUUCUCUAACAAAACCCCCUUGAAGGCUGCAAUAGCUUCYUUUUUGUUAGAAAAGGCAMAUGAAUUGUAGUCACUGCUAGUAUUGGAAGAAGCUACUGCAUUGGAUGAUUGCUUCCUUUUCUUUGUUGCAGGCGCAUCGUGAAGAUUGUGUUCCUCUCGUUUCGAACCAGAGGAUGUAUUCGCAACGAUGGUCUCGGGCGAUACGAAUCCUUYUGGCUUUUCCCAAGUAGUGGAUACUCCAUCCGAAUAAUAUUUUUUUCCCGUCGUCGCGUCUUCGUGUUCGUGCCAAGUGCGUUUCGUGGAGGAAGAUGCUGUGGAAGAUUCCGUAGAACUGGUGCGAUUGGUUUGCUCUAACAUCUUUAGAGCCUCGGGCUUUACAUAWGUACUCUCUUUCGACACGUCAUUGUAGUAAUACUUGACGCCAUUGGGCGCUGUAUAUUCUUUCCAACCUUCAUUGAUGUGUUGCGCAGAAGGAUUUCCAGUGGAMCUGUUGGCUGUGUUGCUAGACGGAGUAACAAUUGAAGUCGUUGGUUGUGUCAAUAUGUUUUGGUAUGAGCCGGUACCAGCUGCUUGGAGUGGUAGCUGGUUUUGUGGUACAUGAGCAGGAUUUGUGACUUGCUGGUAACCAGUGAAGCUGUUAUUGUUUGGAGACAGGGACUGCUGUGGGUGGUGCGUUUGUACUUGUUGAUAAGGCGGUGCGGCUGGAGGACCAGGUUGUUGCGACGGUUGUUGUUGAUAUGUCUGCGGYUGUCGUUGAUUGAUUCCUGAGAGUSCUGACGGAUUCCCGUACGACGGAGAUUGCGCUUGCAUUUGUUGCUGAUAAGGUUGRGAAUUACCGUUCAUAGUCGAUGGGUGUGGGAGACGAGGCCGUGGUGGUGGUGGAGGAGGUCCACCUCCUCUGAAGGGUGGCGGAGGUCCCCUUUGCUGUUGCAUACCUCCUCUUCCAGCAAACGGAUUUCUCCCAGGCAUAUUAUUUCGGCCUCUUCCCCUUCCACCAAUGAAUGAAUUCUGUCCCAUAUUUAUUCGUCCUCUUCCCAUCAUUCCAGAAGGAGGUCCCCCUCUGUGUGGCGGCGGUCCAGGUUGGCCAUGGUUGCCGUGGCUUAGAUGUUGUUGAGAUGGUGGUGGAGGGUGCAUUUGAYUUCUGUGAUAAGGUUGUUGCUGYUGACCCAUCCCUCUUCCAAAAAACUUUCCGGGGGGACCUCUGCCGCCUGGUGGGAAAUUAUUCACGGGGCCACCGCCUCGACCUCCAUUCAUAGGUGGAAAUCCACCGCCCCGAAAAGGUCCACCCCUUCCUGGACCAAAAGCUGGAGUURGGUUCAUUGGGCCACGUCCACGUCCCCGGGCUCCUGAAAAACGGGGAUCGCAUCGUUGACCGUUUGCAUUUCCUGGAUAUUGUCUCUUCAUUACAGAAAUUUUGCGUCGUCGCUGAGAUUGUUAUMAAUAAGCAGGGACUCAAUAAUUUGAUUCUCUGAUGCUCAAAACUUAGUCACCAAUGUUAGUUUGCUGCCAUUGAUUCUUUUCGGCGCAAUAGGAAGUAGAAUGGUGAGCUAGAUAAGUUUCUCAAAACAUACCGUAGGUGUCGCGUUUCCGAUCGGUUUCUUUUUUCAUCAUCUUCUUCCGCCUCAUGAGACUGACUGAUCGUACCGGUACUGAUGUGAAAAAACAAAAAGCAUGGGAAUCACGAUGUUGUGAUGAAUGCGCAAUGAAUGAAUGAUACUUUCUUUGCCAUGAGCGUCCGUCCCUCCCUCGACGAGGWUCGGAAAGUCUAUUAGAGUUGGAGAUACUAUUUUCCGCCAAGGCUGGGGAGUACGGUGCAUGGUACCGUACACCAUACGAAGUACUUCUACUUGGUGGAGAACAUCGUUAUUUACCUAACUGUUUCAUCGACCGUCCGUCAGUCGUCAAAAUGGUUUGAGUAAAGACGUUAUGUACUACGUACGUACUUCGUAGCAAUCCUMUUAGGCCGGUCAUCAGUUUUUCAGAGAACGAUGCCAGUCUCUCCAUGAAGGCAUAGGGCAUGAUUGCCCUGAAGUACAAAWCGCGUGACCAAUAGAAAAUGACGGUGAGUCAGUCACAUCUCUAGGCGCUGGAAGACCGGUUUCAAAGCCUUACAGUACAGUACCUCACAUACUGUUUUUGUGAUGUAUGUUCUUCACUCGUAACGUACGUACUUACCAUACCGUACAUUACAUUACAGUACUUAGGCUAUGAACUGGAAAACUGGAAAAAUCCACGCGUCCGUCGAUUGUUUCGGUUCUCACUUCCAGAACUCGUAAUUACGGCAUUUCCUCACGAACUUCCUUAGUGCACCGUAUUUCAACUCUUGUCUGAAGCAGAGURCCGGUAUCCUUGAACAUUAUCCUAUCAGAAUACCGGAAUUUGGCCAUCAAUCAUCUGCCUCCAUGCAAAUUUGAAAUUUCGUUCUCGUACCCUUGAAAAUCACUACAGGUGUCAUCACCCGGAAAUCGUUAGAACAAAUAUAAAUCUGAAGAAGAUUCUAUCUCUUGUAAUUUGGACAACACGCACCUUACUACUUAGAGAGAGGAAUAAMACGGGAGAUAGAGGAGAAACUCCAUGACGAUAUAUAAACUGGACCAAAAGGUSAAGGAAUUUGCGAACUGAGAAAGGCAGUUGAUGCGAAGCGAAGCAACCAAGUUGAACAUGUCUGAUUCAGCAGUGCCAAAGAACGAUUACUAUAAUUCUGGUAGUAACGAAGCGUCUACAGACACAGCGUUGGUAAUCAAUCGCUUGGAAGCAGUGAGUUUACAUAACAAUAUUUCUUACAUACGACGGGAAAAUCUCCGUCGAGCGCCGCCUCAUCRUAUGUUUUUCUUUCUAAUCGCAUAACAACAGAGAAGAAAAUUAACGAAAAAUUCCGACCGGCUCGUAAUUGUCCUCGUCGGGUUGCCUGCACGAGGAAAAUCRUUCGUUGCGCGGAAACUAGUCAACUUUUUGGAAUGGCACGGRAGUUAUUGUAAGAUAUUUAAUGUAGGACGGUAUCGACGAAAGGCAUCAGGUGGAGCCUGCGAUGCAAACUUUUUCUCAGCUGAAAACAAGGGGGCCGCGGCACUUCGAGAGGAAGUGGCCGAGUUGGCCCUGCGUGAUAUGCUUCGAUGGAURGACGGAGAGGACGAAGCAGACAGUGAUGCCGAAACAAAGCAGCAGAGUUGUUCGCGCAGUGUAAACUCGAGAAAUUCGAAUUCAUCGUAUGUGGAACAGAGAGAUCGAAUAGCCAUUUUUGAUGCUACGAAUAGUACGGACAAGAGRAGGAGGUGGAUUUUAGAAGAGUGUACAAACCCUCAGAAGCGACCAGGAAAGCCUACGGGGGUUGUCUUCGUGGAGUCUAUUUGUGACGACGAGGAGCUCYUGCAAGAAAACUUUAAAUUUAAAAUCUCAAACUCUCCAGAUUACCAAGGCAUGGACAAAAAAGAAGCRAUGGCGGAUCUGAAGAARCGUGUCAAAAAGUAUGAAGAACAAUACGAGACCAUAACAGAUGACUCGCUUUCGUAUAUCAAAAUUUUUAAYUUGUCCACCAAAUUGUUGGURAACCAUAUUUAUGGCCGCAUGUCAAAGGUGAUUGUUCCCGCUUUGAUGGCUUGGAAUAUCGGGACGAGACCGAUUUUSUUGUGCCGUCCGGGGCAAACCCUAUCAGAUGUCUUUACAGAUCGAGAUGACUACGUAACAGCUAUCAGCAUGCACAUUGGGUCCCAAGAUUUUCUGAAUCUUUCCAAUCAUACGCAGAAAAGACUCUUACGAGGAGACAGUUUGGGUCCCCACGGCAAAAAAUUCUCAGAAGCCUUGUACGAUUUUGUAGCAGAGGAAUCGAUGGACUUUUUGCUGAGACGAGCGUCGGUAUGUGACAUGUCGAACACUGGAACAUCGAUAAGUGGAGUGGCUAAUGCGUAUCCCAACCACGUCGAUUCUGGAACCCCUUUUCCCUUGAAAAUCUAUUCGAGUACGAUGCCGAGAGCGAGCGAAACAGUGACGUGGAUGGAUUAUGAUUUCCCAGUUAACGAACUCUCGACGUUGAACCCGUAAGUACUGCCACUUUGAUCCACAUAAAACGAGCAUUUAGCUCUGAGUGGAUUCAUAUAUGCUGCAUUUUCUAAACGCGUCGUCUUUUGAUUGAUUUAAAUCUACUCAAAGAAUGGACAAGGGUGACUUUGCUGGGAAAGAGCUACUUGAAAUUCAAAACACGCAUCCUGAAUGGUACGGCCGUUUAGAAAAAGAUCCUUUCCACACAAGGUACGACAAUGUUUCUUGAAAACAAAGGCUAAGCUCUAAUUGUUAUACGUAUACAUGUUUCUAACAUAUCAUACACUAUUACAACUCGUUGAAAGAUUUCCUGGGGGCGAAUCCUACAAGGAUUUGAUUCAGCGCCUUGAGUCGGUGGUGGUCGACCUUGAGCAACAAGUGAUUCCAACGCUUGUUGUUAGUCACGUAUCGGUGUUGCAAAUGCUCAUUGCYUACUUGCGGAAGUCACCGGUGGAAGAAGCCAUGCAGAUCGAGGUGCCAAUGCAUACAGUGAUCAAAUUCACCCCCGCCCGAGGCGGAGGAUGGCAAGAAUCCUCUCACAACCUAGCUCCGGUCCACGACGGUUCGAACUCGUCGGUAACCGAAAGAAAAAUUGUGUCGAUCGAGGGCAUUAAGGAACUAAAGACAGGUGAAAACGGCGAAAAUGUUCAAGUGACCAUGUCACCGAUUUGGGGCGAUCACAUGCGACAAGCCUCUUACAGUCCCGUGACACGAAAAGUGACGAAGUCACUAGAAAUACCUUUGACGGGUUAAGUUGAAGAACCUGCCCGUUCGUUCAUGCAUUGAAUUGCAUUYCAUUUUUKAUCCUUGGAUACCACGCUUUUCUUCAAGCUGCAAUCUUGUCGCUGGUUMAAGUAUAAUUUAUUAUUUGACUUAAUUUAAUCCUAGACUACAUGUAUUGGAUAAACGAUCUUUGAUAYG